GGCGCGAGAGAGAGACCCCGUCUCCAAAAAAAAAAAAAAGGUUACUUUGUUCAGGGGCAUGGACUGAAUCAUGAACAUAGAAUUUAGUGUUAUAGACAACCCUUUGAAAGCAGGCAGUAUCUUUUUUUUUUCUCCUCAUUGCUCAGCAUAUGUAUUUGUCACUAAGUGCCUUCUGAUUCUUGCAUUUAGGAGAAGAAGGGGCCUGCCUCUCCAAACUAAUGCAGUAAACCAGAGUCUUAUGAGUUACAGGAUUUGAUUAAGGUACUUGGGCUGUCAGUUCCUCAGAAUCUCUAAGGCAAAUCACUGUAUCCCUAUAAUCAAAGUAUUCCAAGAUCACAAACUGAAUUUUGUCAGUGCCCAGAACUGACCGCCCAAGUGAUUAUAAAAAAACCCUAAUGCUUACAUUGGUAGCAUCAUAUCAACACCAGCACUAGCACCCAUGCUAUCUAAACUCAUGAACCAAAGUGAUUUGGAGAGUGAAGGAUGAACUGAAUAGUAAGCCCUGCCCCUCAUUUUGUCCAACUAGAACCUCAGAAUGUGGCCCUAUUUGGAAAUAAGGUCUUCACAGAAAUAAUUAGGUAAAAUGAAGUUAUCUUUGAUUAGGGUGGGCUCUAGAUCCAAUGACAAAUCAUAAGAGAGACAUGAAGAGGACCAUGAGAUGACAGCAACAGAUUGGAGUAAUGCAGUUACAAGCCAAGGAACACUAAGGAUUACUGACAACCACCAGAAGAUAGGAAGAGGCAAGGUUCUUAGGUGCCUCCAGCGCCUUUCACAGAGCACCCAACAGAAGGAAUUUUCCUCUACACAUUCCUUAAACCAGCCAACAGUAUCCCUACUACUAUCCAUUCGCUAACGUCGCCUAAGUAUCUACCAUGCAACAGAAGCCAAGAACUGUAAGACAGGCCUAGCCCUGCACCCAUGAAGUGGACACAUACUGGCGGGUGGUGCUGGGCUCCAGGAAUCACUGCAACUUGGGGAGUUGGAUAUCACUUCUGAUGAGUUCAUCCUGGAUGAAGUGGAUGUUCACAUUCAGGCAAAUCUGGAGGAUGAGUUAGUAAAGGAAGCUCUUAAAACGGGUGUAGAUCUUCGUCACUAUUCAAAACAAGUUGAACUGGAGCUACAGCAGAUUGAACAGAAAUCCAUUCGGGAUUAUAUUCAAGAGAGUGAGAAUAUAGCAUCUCUGCACAACCAGAUCACAGCCUGUGAUGCUGUCCUGGAGCGAAUGGAGCAGAUGUUGGGAGCUUUUCAGAGUGACCUCAGCUCCAUCAGCUCUGAGAUCCGGACACUGCAGGAACAGUCAGGAGCCAUGAACAUUCGACUUCGAAAUCGCCAGGCAGUUCGGGGGAAACUUGGGGAGCUUGUUGAUGGUCUGGUCGUGCCUUCUGCUCUGGUCACGGCGAUUCUGGAGGCUCCAGUGACAGAGCCCAGGUUCUUGGAGCAGCUACAGGAGCUGGAUGCCAAGGCAGCUGCAGUCAGAGAGCAGGAAGCUAGAGGCACAGCAGCCUGCGCGGAUGUCAGAGGCGUGCUCGAUCGGCUCCGGGUCAAGGCAGUGAUGAAGAUCCGAGAGUUUAUCCUCCAGAAGAUUUAUUCCUUCAGGAAACCAAUGACCAACUAUCAGAUCCCCCAGACGGCCCUGCUGAAGUACAGGUUCUUCUAUCAGUUUCUGCUGGGCAAUGAACGAGCAACAGCAAAGGAAAUCAGGGAUGAAUACGUGGAGACGCUGAGCAAGAUCUACCUGUCUUACUACCGCUCUUACCUGGGGCGGCUCAUGAAGGUGCAGUAUGAGGAAGUUGCUGAGAAAGAUGAUCUAAUGGGCGUGGAAGAUACAGCGAAGAAAGGAUUCUUCUCAAAGCCAUCACUCCGCAGCAGGAACACCAUUUUCACCCUAGGAACCCGCGGCUCUGUCAUCUCCCCCACUGAACUUGAGGCCCCCAUCCUGGUGCCUCACACAGCCCAGCGCGGAGAGCAGAGGUAUCCAUUUGAGGCCCUCUUCCGCAGCCAGCACUACGCCCUCCUAGACAAUUCCUGCCGUGAAUACCUUUUCAUCUGUGAAUUUUUUGUUGUGUCUGGCCCGGCUGCACAUGACCUGUUCCAUGCUGUCAUGGGCCGUACACUCAGCAUGACCCUGAAACACCUGGAGUCCUAUCUCGCUGACUGCUACGAUGCCAUUGCUGUUUUUCUUUGUAUCCACAUUGUUCUCCGGUUCCGUAACAUUGCAGCAAAGAGGGAUGUUCCUGCUCUGGACAGGUACUGGGAACAGGUACUUGCCUUGCUAUGGCCACGGUUUGAGCUGAUCCUGGAGAUGAAUGUCCAGAGCGUCCGAAGCACUGACCCCCAGCGCCUAGGGGGGUUGGAUACACGGCCCCACUAUAUCACACGCCGCUACGCAGAGUUCUCCUCCGCUCUUGUCAGCAUCAACCAGACAAUUCCCAAUGAACGGACCAUGCAGUUGCUGGGACAGCUGCAGGUGGAGGUGGAGAAUUUUGUCCUUCGAGUGGCAGCCGAGUUCUCCUCAAGGAAAGAGCAGCUUGUGUUUCUGAUCAACAACUAUGACAUGAUGCUGGGUGUGCUGAUGGAGCGGGCUGCAGAUGACAGCAAAGAGGUUGAGAGCUUCCAGCAGCUGCUCAAUGCUCGGACACAGGAAUUCAUUGAAGAGUUGCUGUCUCCCCCUUUUGGGGGUUUAGUGGCAUUUGUGAAGGAGGCUGAGGCUUUGAUUGAGCGUGGACAGGCUGAGCGACUUCGAGGGGAAGAAGCCCGGGUAACUCAGCUGAUCCGUGGCUUUGGUAGUUCCUGGAAAUCCUCAGUGGAAUCUCUGAGUCAGGAUGUAAUGCGGAGUUUCACCAACUUCAGAAAUGGCACCAGUAUCAUUCAGGGAGCGCUGACCCAGCUGAUCCAGGUCUAUCAUCGCUUCCACCGGGUGCUGUCCCAGCCGCAGCUCCGAGCCCUGCCUGCCCGGGCUGAGCUCAUCAACAUUCACCACCUUAUGGUGGAGCUCAAGAAGCAUAAGCCCAACUUCUGAUGUGCCGGAAACCACCCUGAGAUCUGCCAGUCAUCUCCAUGGACUUCUGCACCCCAUUCCAUACCCUUCUUCACCUGGGGGUCCCCCUUCCAGUUUUCCCCUUGCCUCCCAGGCCCUUGACAUGGCUUACCUGCCUUCCCUCCCAGCACCUUGCCCAACAGGAUAAGCUGGAUCUCCUUGGCCGUCUGAAUUUCCCAGUGUCUUCAGGUUUCCUAAGACCACUUCCCUGUGGGCUUCCAAAAUGGCCUUUAUCAUUUCUCCAGUCUGUCACCCUCUUUUCCUGCUCCCGUACACCCAAGGCUUGUUUCUUCCCCUGUAAAAACCUUCACUGCAUUAAUCUCUGGUUCACUCAACUAGUCACCAUGUCUGGAGGCAUGAAGCCGCCUCAGCUCUUGGAAUUGCUGGCAAGGGGUGACUGCCUCUGUCAUUGUGUUUUUCAAAGUGAUUUCUUUUCCGUAGUUUUUUGACCUAAGAUCUCAGCAAUUUGAACACUAACCCCUCCCCUCCUGGCUCAAAAAUUAAUCCCAAAUCAGUAUGCAGAAAAUAAAUAUUUAAUAUGACAUGACACUU